GCAGCAGAACUCAAUACCGGGCCGAUCCAAAUUCCGAUCGAGGUCAAAAGAGGAGUCGUCGUGGGGAGCGAGAGAGAGAGAGAGAGAUGGCGGUGAUGGAAAAGCUGAAGAUGUUCGUGGUGCAGGAGCCCGUCGUUGCCGCCUCCUGCCUCAUCGCCGGCGUCGGCCUCUUCCUUCCUGCUGUGGUGAGGCCCAUAUUGGAUUCAUUGGAAACUUCCAAGCAAGUCCCCCAAACUCCUAUAAGUGAUGUGGUUGCCGGGAUGACUGGUAAAAAGCAAGCAUAAGGUUGACCAUCAUGAAGUGCCCUCUCUCUGCUGUAUCUUCAUCGGCAGCCAAAUAAGUGUUUUCUUUCUUCGUUUUGAUGAAGGCUCAUCAUAAAUUUUCUCCAAUUGGAGCAGGAUUUAUAUUGAUGAUACGGUUCAUCUGAAGUCACUCUGUGCAUGUGGAGACGUAUUAGGAUAAUUGCUUAAUCGCUCACUGCAUAUUUCUUCAUAGUUGUGAACUUCAUGCAAUUUGUGGAAGAGGAUAAAUUGUUGUUGAAGAA